AUGUCGGAUAGUGUUCCAACAUCAGAAACUGAAGCUUAUUUUGAUGGUGAAGGCAGUCCACAAAAAUCAAACCCAGGAGAAUCUGAGGAGGAUGCAACUAUUGGAGACUUUGAAUUUAGGAAGAGUUUGAGAGAUGCUGAAACUCCAUUGUAUGCAACAUGUUCUAAUUACACCAAGGUUUCUGCAAUCAUGGCCCUCUAUCAGAUAAAAGUGAAAAGUGGACUAUCAGAGAACUUCUUCGAUCAUAUAUUGACGAUAGUUCAUGACAUGCUGCCGAAAGACAAUGUGCUGCCAAAGUCUACAGAUGCAAUCAAGAAAUUCAUGAAGGUUUUUGGGUUUGGAUAUGAUGUCAUUCAUGCGUGCAAGAAUGAUUGUAUUCUCUACAGGAAACAGUUUGGUGAGAUGGAAAGCUGCCCAAGAUGCAGUGCUUCAAGAUGGGAGAUAGAUAAGCAAAGUGGUGAGGAAAAGAAGGGGAUUCCAGGAAAGGUUCUUAGGUAUUUUCCAGUCAAGGACAGAUUCAGGAGGAUGUUUAGAUCCAAAAAAGGGCUGAGGAUUUACGUUGGCAUUAUACCAAUGCCACCGAAGAUGGCUAAGAAUAUCAUGUUGACUAUGUUGAUCCCUGGUCCAACAGCUCCGAGUAACAACAUUGAUGUUUAUCUAGCUCCUUUGAUAGAUGAUUUGAAGGAUUUGUGGAAUGAGGGUUUAGAUGUCUAUGAUUCAUAUCUGGAAGAGCAUUUCACAUUUAGAGCUUUGUUAUUGUGGACUAUCAGUGACUAUCCAGCCUUAGGGACAUUGUCUGGCUGUAAAGUGAAGGGCAAGCAAGCGUGUAGUGUUCGUGGAAAGGAUACACCUACUAGGUGGUUGAAGUUUAGUCGAUGGUUUGACAACACGGUUGAGGAAGGGACUGCGAAUAGGAUUCAAACAGGUCCUGAAAUUUUUGAGACACUUAAGGAUUUCAGGAAUGAUUUUGGAAGACCCUUGGAUAAGGAAACUAAAAGGAAGAGAACUGAGAUGUUAGCAGAUGAGGAAAUUUCAGAGGAAGAGUGUGAAGAAACUUCUGAUCAGUGGCGAUGGAAGAAGCGGUCAAUCUUAUAUGACUUACCUUAUUGGAAGGAAUUGCCGGUGCGACACAACAUUAAUGUUAUGCACAAUUUGUUACCUGCUGCAUUGAGAGGAUUGCUUCCAAGAGGACCUCGGGUGUUGGUAACUCGAUUAUGUAACUUCUUCAACAGAUUGUGCCAGCGUACAAUUGAUCCUGAGAAGCUGCUCUCAUUGGAGUUUGAGAUUGUGGAGACGAUGUGCCAACUAGAGCGCUACAUGAAGAUACUCAAGGCAUAUGUUAAAAAUUAUGCAAGGCCAGAAGCGUGUAUGGCUGAGGGAUACUUGGCUGGAGAAUGUAUAGCAUUCUGUUUAGAGUUCUUAAAAAAAUCAGUACAUGUUCAAGAAGCAGUAAACCGUAAUGAAGAUAUUGAGACAGAUGGACUUGUUGUCGAAGGCCGAUCACUACAGAAGGGCAGAGAGGUGACCCUUUCAGAUAGAGAGAGAGAGGUAGCACAUCGAUAUGUUUUGAUGAACUUGGCAAUUAUGGAUCCUUAUGUACAGAUGCAUUUAGAAGAAUUGCAAGCUAAGGAUGUUCGAUGCGCUAGAAGUGAAACUAUUCUUUCUAACUCGAAAGAUCAUUCGAAGAAGUUGAUGUGGUUAGCAUUUGGACCGAAAUACAUUGCACAAGCUCAUAAAGGUUUUGUCAUUAAUGGGCAUCGCUUUCACACUGAUGAUGUUAAGCGGAAGACUUAA